AUGAGGUUACUCAAUACGAAUGGACAUCAAGAUAAUGAUGACGUCAAAGAAUUUGCUGAGUGGAUUCUUAAAUUGGGAAACGGUGAAUCAACAACCAAUGAUGACGGUGAAAUGCUUAUUGAUGUUCCUCAUGAUCUUUUGAUUACUGAUCCAUCUGAACCGUUGCUCCAACUUAUACAGUUUGUUUAUCCAGAUAUGGUUUCUCAUCUUACAGAUCCAAUCUUUUAUCAAGAAAGAGCUAUAUUAGCCCCUACAUUAGAAUCAGUUGAAAAAGUCAAUCAAUAUAUUUUAUCUUGCAUUGAAGGGGAAGAAAAAGAAUAUCUGAGUUGUGAUUCUGCUUGCAAGUUUGAUGAGGACAAUGAUGUUGAAGCUGCAUGGUUAACCCCGGAGUUUCUACAUGAAGUAAAAUGUUCUGGAAUUCCAAAUCACAAAUUGGUGUUGAAGGAUGGGGUGUCUGUCAUGCUUCUAAGAAACUUAGACCAAUCCUCUGGAUUAUGUAAUGGAACUAGACUUUUAAUAGAGGAUUUGUGCCCAAAUGUGACCGGUGCGACUGUUGUGACUGGAACAAAUUCCGGAAAAAAAGUUUACAUUGGUAGAAUGAGUUGA